UUGAUCUUAUUCAGAGCAAUCGCUAAAGAGAGAAAAAUUGACCUCACAAAGCAACUAGAUUGGGUUGGAAAGAAGAAGAGGAAGAGUAUAGAGGAGGAAGAGGAAAGCACUACGGAUUCAGAUAUGAGAAAGACUGGCGAAGAAGGUGAGGAAGGAAGCUAUGAUAUAAACGAGAGGGCGAAAAGGAAGAAGUCAAGCAAUACGAUGGGGAAGAAAUAA